AAGCACCUUACCGCCAGCAUGGGCAUCGAGGACGGUGUUUCCGAUGACAUCCGCGUGGUCACCGAGAAGUCUCUACCGGCCGACGCCUCCGCAUUCGGCUUGGGAGCCUUCGCCGGCACCAUGUUCAUCCUCUCGUCUUACCUCGCCGGGUGGGCGCCGGACGUGACGUGGGUGACGGUGGCGCUGUUCUACGGCGGGUUGGGGCAGUUCGUGGCGGGCAUGUGGCAGUACAAGCGCAACUGCGUCUUCUCCUCCACCUCCUUCUCCACCUACGGCUGCUUCUGGCUCUCGCUCGGCCUCUUCUACUGCUUCAAGCUCUGGGGAUGGAUGCCGCGCGACUACGACGUGUCGGGCGCGGAGGCGUGGUUCCUGGUGGCGUUCUUGCUCUUCAACACGUACAUGCUGGCGGCGGCGUUCACGCUGUCCGUGGUGAACGUGGUGGUCUUCGGCCUCUAUGAGCUCACGCUCGUGCUGCUCAUCAUCGGCGACUUCAAGGGCCAACCCGUCGACGGCGGCGCCUCCUGGAUCACCGCCGGCGGAUACGUCGGCGUCUUCACCUCCGUCGCUGCGUGGUACGCGUCGUUCGCGGUGCUGUUCAAUGGCAUGGUCAACCGCGAGAUCAUGUACCUCGGCAAGCCGCUCAUCAACAUCAAGAAGGAAGAGUAGAUUGUGCAUAACGGACGGAUGGACUGACCGUGGGUCCGUGUAUCAAAACUUGUGUGCAUCUGUGCAAGCAUAGAGACUAAAUAGACUAGGCUUCUGUGUUGUAGUGCGUCAGCUGAGUGCUGUAGUGCAUAUUUGAAUAAGAGAUGCUUUAGUUCGUUGGUACUGUUGUGACAGUUGGCAUUACUGCUAAUGCGUGA